AUGGCUCUCACCACUCAGGACAGCUCAGAGGCCGCCAUCAACAACAACAGCACCGUGGUGAUCAGCAUGAAGACAAUGCAAGAGUGUAAGGCUGUCGAGGAGGACGUGGUACAUGGCACCGAGAAUAUGAAUGUUGUUGACGAUGAUGACUUCAGUGACGCCGAGGACGAAGAGGAAGACAACUGUUGUUCCAGGAAGACCUCAUCUCUGCGGACCUGCCUCCGGUCCUCAGUGCCAGCAUGUAUUCAGGGACGAUGUGGAACUAUCAUCAAGUGCUCACUGCUGGUUCUGUAUCUCAUAUAUUUUGUCUUUUCCAUGGUGUUGACGUUUGGCGAUGAAGGCUCUAUCAGGCUCCUGGCCUUCACUGUGUUUGGAGGUGUGUUACUCAUCACUAAAGUUGUGAGAAAAACAUCAUCCCAAGAUACAACUGGACUGAGAGAAAGCUUACAUUCCAUGAUAAGAAAGCUGUUGUAUGUAUCUACCAGCGCGUCGAUCGUUGUGUUCCUCGUGCUGGAGGUGGGCAUGAAAGAACCCCGGAACCUCGUCUCUGUAGGGGGACUGGCUUUCUUCAUAGUGGUCGCAUUCCUGCUCUCCAAUCGGCCUGCUAAGGUCAACUGGCACACGGUGUUCUGGUCGGUUGCCCUUCAGUUUAUGUUGGCCCUGUUCAUCCUGCGUACAGAGGUUGGCUCUGGUUCUGUUAGUUGGAUGGCAGAGCGAGUCAACAAUGUGCUGAAGAAUUCAAGGAAAGGUUCAGAGUUCAUGUUCGGGAAGAGCUACAGAGACCAUAAUCUGAUAUUUGGCCCGUCCACUGGUCUGGCAAUGAAGCCGUACAUGGAGCUGAUGUCGAGGUCGGAGAUCUUCACAGUGCUGGUAGCCGGGCAGGCCUCAGUGUCGGGAACGUUCAUCGGGGUUGUCUCAUCUUUCGGGAUAUCUGUGUCGUACCUGAUCCCGGCGUGUGUGAUGUCGGCACCCGCCUCCAUCGCCAUCUCCAAGUUGCUGUACCCUGAGUCGCGACCCAUUAACCACAAAAACACAUGUGACGUGGGAAGUAAAAAAUACACAAGCAUCUUCGAGGCGGCAUCCAUCGGGGCAACGUCCUCUAUUCACGUAUUUGGCAGCAUCGUCAUCAACCUGUACGUCUUCUAUGGCCUUCUCUCCCUCAUCAACUCGACACUCGGUUGGUUCGGCGACAGGGUGAACGUCAACGAUCUCACAUUUGAGUUUAUAUGUUCUUACAUAUUCUGGCCGCUGGCCGUCAUCAUGGGUGCUGACAUUCAGGACUGUGGCAAUAUUGGCAAGUUGGUUGGGUACAAGCUCAUGGGAUCUGCUUCACUGGCCUACUACCAGCUCGCCACAAUGUCGGGCAACAGACAGGUGUUUCAGGACUACAUGGAAAGUACAAAUGGAACAGGCACAUAUCGACACAUACAAGACGACCUAUGCUUAGAUGGCUGGAACAAAACCCUGCAGUAUGGUUACAUCACAGAAAAAUCCGAGGCUAUAUCAACAUACGCCUUGUGCGGCUUGUCCAACUUUGUAUCAAUCGGGAUAUGCCUGGCUGUUUUCUACACCAUUGUGCCAAGAAAACAGAAAUUCGUUACCAAGAAAAUAGUGUUGUCGAUGUUUUCAGCAAACCUAGCUUGCUUCAUGACGGCAUGUUUCGCAGCUCUGUACAACACCAUGUUCUGUCUGUACAAGACCAUGUUCUGUCUCUUGUACUCGGUGUAG